AUGUUUCCGGCAUGGGUCUUUUUCAUAAUGUUGGCGGCGUUAACGGACCUUGUACGAGGCCUAGGUGUCAACUGGGGGCAAAUGUCGUCACACCCUUUGCCUCCCACCAACGUUGUUAAGAUGCUCAAGGUCAAUGGCAUCAUGAAGGUGAAGCUUUUUGACGCUGAUCCUAAGACCAUGAAAGCCUUGGCCGGGUCUGGUUUGGAUGUCAUGGUUGGAAUUCCCAAUGAAAAAUUGGACAAACUUUCUCAUGAUUACGAACUUGCCCAAAAAUGGGUGAAAGAAAAUGUCACUGAAUAUCUUUAUAAAGGGGGCGUUAGUAUCAGCUCUGUGGCUGUUGGGAACGAGCCAUUCUUAUCAAGUUACAAUGGCAGUUAUGUUAAGACUCUUUUCCCAUCAGUGAAAAACAUUCAAAGGGCCCUAGAUGAGGCAGGCGUUGGAGGAAAAAUCAAAUGCGUAGUGCCCUUCAAUGCCGAUGUUUACGAAUCCCCUUCGAACAAACCGUCGGACGGGCGUUUCCGAAAAAACAUUAUGAAAGAGAUGAUGGAGAUACUACACUUCCUUCGUGCCAAGAAGGCCCCAUUUGUUGUGAACAUCUACCCCUUCCUUAGUCUCUACCAAAGCAGUGGUUUUCCCCAAGAAUUCGCUUUCUUCGACAACGGUAGCCCGAUUAGAGAUAAGGGUGCUCAAUACAGCAAUGUGUUUGAUGCAAAUUAUGACACACUUCUUUGGGCGCUUAAAAAGGUAGGUUUUGCUAACUUGGACAUUGUAAUUGGGGAAGUAGGAUGGCCUACCGAUGGCAACGGUUAUUGCAAUAACAGAUUGGCUAAGAAGUUUUAUGAUGGCCUCCUAAAGAAACUAGCAAGCAAAGAGGGAACCCCUCUGAGGAAAGGCUACUUGGAAGUGUACCUAUUCGGGCUUUUUGACGAGGAUCAGAAAAGUAUUGCUCCAGGGGACUUUGAGCGGCACUGGGGCAUUUUUCGAUAUGAUGGCAAGCCUAAGUUCCCCAUGGACCUUGCCGGCCAAAAGUCGGGACACCAGAUGCUAAAAGGUGUUGAGGGAGUGAAGUACUUGGAAAGGCAAUGGUGUGUGUUGAAUAGUGAUGUGAGGAACUUGAGCAAUGCUCAAGUGGAACUCAACUAUGCUUGCUCAAUGGCGGAUUGCACAAGUUUGGGGAAGCAGAGGUCUUGUGACUUGGAACUGCAUGAUAGAAUCUCUUAUGCCUUCAAUGAGUUCUACCAAAAUAGAGACCAAGAUGUAAGGGCAUGUGAUUUUAGUGGGAUGGGGACUAAGGUCACACAAGAUCCCUCAACAGGAGAUUGCAUAUUCCCGGUGCAGGUUGCUUUAAGUGCCGGAGAGAGGCGGCAUGGCUUGAGUUAUGCCUUGAGUGUCUUUGCACCACUAUUUUUCAUCAUGAGCUUCUUCACACUGUUGUAAGACAGUGUGUAUAGCUUAUGGAAUUCAUUCUUGUGGGGUUUUUCUUCUUCUUUAUUUUGAGGACCUAUAUGUAUUUUUAAUCAUUUAUGUUAGUCUCUCAUUAAUUUUACCUUUAGAUCAUGUCGUUUUUACCUAUCCUAUUUUGUGAGGAGAUUAGGAGAUUUACCAUUUUGAAGUUUUCCUUUUAACCUUUUGCACAACCUGAUGGACAUUUUUUAUUUUUUAGUCAUUCGUUAGGGAGGAGAGGGAGAAUUAUAUUGGGUUGCUUCAAUAUUGUCUUAUACAUCGAAUUCGGAUGCACUACUUGAAGGGAGGGGGAGAGUUUGACCCACUUUUCCACUGUGGUACCACCCCAUAUACCAUGGAUAAAUUAGUUGACAAUUAUGAAUCUGAUUGAUUUGUGAAAGUCUUAUAUCACGGCAAUAAUUUUUUUCCUUUAUAAUGCAUAUAUUGCGUAAAAGAGAGUUCUCGUUGCGUGACUCUGCCACUAAAGGGUGUUGCUUUUUUUUUUUUUUUAGUCAAUAAGGGUGUUGCUUAAGAGACUGAAAACUACGUCAAGUAUUCUAUGAUCUAUCAUGCAUAUUGGGUUAGGAUGGCUGGUUCAGGCUACACGGUUUGGAGGUCUGGUUUGUGGGGGUUAGGGUGGCUAUUACUUUUAUAGUUUAGACUAUUAUUUUUAUUUAAUAAAAUAAAUAAAAUAAAACAGAUUCUUUAUUUAAAAUGAAACGCACACUACCAAGGUAUCAUAGGAGACGUUUAUUGAAGAGACAAUUUAUUUUUUUUUUUUUAAAAACCACAAAUUUUCCUCAAAGCACUUCUCUAUUUUUACUGCCCUUUCUCUCUUUACUAGGAAUCAUGUAACAUAUCACCAAGUUUUUUCGUUUUUGUUCAUUUCAAAAAUCUUGAGCAUCAUCCAAUUUGACCAUUCAUCACAAACUCACUAAGAGUUUAUGAGCUUACACGCCAAGUUUGUGCCGCCGAGACGUAUUCCUUUCUCGGUCAUUCUCAUUCUCACUUCCAUUCUCAACGUCCCU